CUCUCUCUCUCCGCCCACUCUGCUCCGCUCCCUCCUCCGCCGGCUUCCCUCAGACCCCGGCGCGGCCGCGCGCCGAGCCCUCCCUCCCGCCGGCGCCGGGAAGCCCGUCCCGGUGGAACAAGCGGCGCGGCCUCCCCCCGCUGGUCCGGCGCUUUCGCAGGCCGCCGGCGACCCGCCCGCCCAGGCAUUCCAAUCCAUCCAGACACCCAGUUGGUGCUGGGAGUUUUUGAUCUGCUGUUCUGAAUUUUCGGCCCGCGGCUCGUUUACCAGAGGUUUUGAGGGGUUCAGCUCUGAAUCCGCUCCUGUGGUGAGAGAUGAAGCUGGUGCCGAGGGAGGCGGAGAAGCUGGCGCUGCACGGCGCCGGCUUCUUGGCGCAGAAGCGCCUCGCCCGCGGCCUCCGCCUCAACUACACGGAGGCCAUCGCCCUCAUCGCCGCGCAGAUUCUCGAGUUUGUUCGGGAUGGAGACAAAACUGUAACUGACUUGAUGGACUUGGGGAAACAGAUGCUGGGCAGGAGACAAGUUCUUCCGGCUGUUCCAUACCUUUUGGACACUGUACAGGUUGAAGGAACAUUUAUGGAUGGAACAAAACUAAUUACUAUACAUGACCCUAUUUGUUCUGAUGAUGGAAAUUUGGAGCUAGCUCUGCAUGGUUCUUAUCUCCCAGUACCUUCACUUGAAAAGUUUUCUGGGAGUGAUGUUGAGGACUAUCCUGGUGAAGUGCAUUUCUGCUCUGGACGCAUAAUCCUCAACCUUCAUCGCAGGGCUUUAACUCUGAAGGUUGUUAACAAGGCAGACAGGCCUAUUCAGAUCGGGAGCCAUUACCACUUUAUAGAGGCCAAUCCGUACCUGGUUUUUGAUAGACACAGAGCCUAUGGCAUGAGACUGAAUAUACCUGCUGGAACAGCCGUUCGGUUUGAGGUUCUUUUAUUCGAUCCAUCCUUUGGCAUUUCCUGCUCUGUAGAGCCUAAAAAUACAUUUCAACCAGGGGAUGCAAAAGGUGUUACACUUGUAAGCAUUGGUGGUCAUAAAGUAAUUAGAGGUGGAAAUGGCAUUGCUGAUGGUGCUGUUGACAGUUCUCAGCUUAAUGAGGUAAUGCAGAAGAUUACUGAGAAUGGUUUUGGACAUGAAGAUUAUCCGGAUGCAAGCGAAGGUCUUAUUGGUGACGGUACAUUCGACUGCAGUGUUGAUCAUGAGAAAUACUCUAGCAUGUAUGGACCUACAACUGGUGAUAAGAUUAGGCUUGGUGAUACCGAUCUUUUUGCGGAGAUUGAAAAGGACUUUGCUGUUUAUGGUGAUGAGUGCAUAUUUGGAGGGGGGAAAGUUCUGCGUGAUGGAAUGGGACAAUCCGCAGGGUAUCCAGCAUCUGCCUCCCUGGAUACAGUUAUAACAAAUGCUGUUGUGAUUGACUAUACAGGAAUAUACAAGGCUGAUAUUGGUAUAAAAGAUGGGCUUAUUAUUGCCAUUGGGAAAGCUGGAAACCCUGAUGUCAUGGAUGGUGUGCACAGCAACAUGAUUGUUGGGGUGAAUACAGAAGUUAUUGCUGCUCAAGGCAUGAUUGUAACUGCUGGUGGUAUAGAUUGCCAUGUUCACUUCAUAUGCCCUCAGCUGGUAAAUGAGGCAAUUGCAAGUGGCAUAACAACAUUGGUGGGAGGUGGAACAGGACCAGCACAUGGAACUUGUGCCACAACUUGCACCCCUGCACCGUCUCAAAUGAAACUAAUGUUGCAGUCCACCGACGAAUUUCCAAUCAACGUGGGAUUCACAGGAAAGGGAAAUACUGCAAAACCCGAAGGAUUAUCUGAGAUCAUUAUGGCAGGAGCAAUGGGUUUGAAGCUGCAUGAAGAUUGGGGAAGCACCCCAGCUGUGAUAGAUAACUGUUUAUCUGUUGCAGAAGCUUUUGAUAUCCAAGUUAAUAUCCACACGGAUACCUUAAAUGAAGCAGGUUGUGUGGAGCAUACAAUUGCAGCUUUUAAAGAUAGGUCCAUACACACAUAUCACAGCGAAGGUGCAGGUGGUGGUCAUGCCCCAGACAUCAUUAAAGUAUGUGGGGUGAAAAAUGUGUUGCCUUCUUCAACAAACCCAACCCGGCCUUUUACUUCUAACACUGUUGAUGAGCACCUUGAUAUGCUGAUGGUUUGCCACCACCUUGAUAAAAACAUCCCGGAAGAUGUAGCAUUUGCUGAAUCAAGAAUUCGAGCAGAAACAAUUGCGGCUGAGGACAUCUUGCACGACAUGGGGGCAAUCAGUAUCAUAUCAUCUGAUUCACAGGCCAUGGGUCGCAUUGGAGAGGUGAUUAUCCGAACAUGGCAAACUGCAAACAAGAUGAAAGUCCAAAGAGGUAGGUUACAUGGGCCUGGCGACUCUGAUCCUGCCAAGGAUAAUGACAACUUCCGUAUAAGAAGAUACAUAGCAAAAUAUACCAUAAAUCCUGCUAUAGUAAGCGGCUUCUCAGAUUUUGUUGGUUCUGUGGAGGCGGGAAAGUUAGCUGAUCUAGUUCUUUGGAAACCUGCUUUCUUUGGUGCAAAACCAGAAUUAAUCAUAAAAGGUGGUGCAAUUGCGUGGGCCAAUAUGGGUGAUCCGAAUGCUAGCAUUCCAACACCUGAACCUGUUAUGAUGCGACCUAUGUUUGGUGCAUAUGGAAAGGCCGGGAGUUCUCACUCGAUUGCAUUUGUGAGCAAGGCUGCCAAAGAAGCUGGUGUUGCAUCAGAGUACAAACUAGCAAAGAGGGUGGAAGCUGUUGUUGGCGUCCGCCAUUUAUCGAAGCUGGACAUGAAGCUCAACGACGCGCUUCCGAAAAUCAAGGUCGACCCCGAGACCUACACGGUUACUGCUGAUGGAGAGGUCCUGACUUGCCAGCCAGCAGCCACGGUGCCAUUAUCUCGGAACUACUUUCUUUUCUAGGCCACCCAUUGCUUGAGAAAUUCUUGGAAGGUCAAUAAUUCACUCAACUAGCUUCGACGGUAACUUCAAGUUGCGCAUGGGAGAUGUGCUGCUGGCUCAAAAUAAACAAUUAUACAUUUACAUGAAAAAAAAAUCACACGUAUACAUAUUGCAAUACUUCAGUUUCUUGAAAAGUUU